CUCUUUUCAGUUAUAAUUUUUACUAUUUCUCAAGGCCUCAAACACUUAAACUACUUCCACUACUGGAUCUAUCAAAACUUUGGUGUCAUUGUUAUUGUUAGUACCAAUCCUUAAUUGUUAGCUACCUAAGCAAGAGUUUGUUGUACAAGUGGGAGGCAAAAAGAAAAGCAAACAGGCUUUGUCAUGAUAACCAGUUUUUUGAAGGCUCAACAACAUCUUGUGCUUUGCUUGGGUUUGCUCUUCGUUCAUUGCAGGACUUGGUCACCUGAGGUUUUAAUGGCAACAAUUGAGAAAUUUAUCAAAGAUAUCCACCCAUCAGAAACAAAAUGGAGGGUGAAAGUGAUUGUUCUAGAGAAAGGAAUGCCGAAAACUGCUCGAAAUGUUGCAAAAAGAUAUCAAAACUUACUACUAUCUGAUUCGCAGAAAACACAAAUACAGGCCACUAUAUAUGAUGAUGACAUCGAGAAGUUUCAAAAUACAUUGACUGUUCACGGAUGCUACUAUAUAUCAAACGCCUAUGUCAAAUUUACAAAACUACAAUAUCAAGUACUAGGGAUACCAUAUGAAUGGGUAAUAAAUAGUAGAUCUACUUUAGUUGAAAUGUGCCAGAGGAAGAUAUCUCAAUGUCAACUUCAGUAGAAUACAAUUUCACUCCUUUUGUUAGCUUCUUAGAUCAUAUGGAUCAAUCAACUUCAGUUGGUAAUUAUAUUGCUCGUUUAAAUUUGCUUAUAUUAACAUAUUGCUAUACAAGUGAAAAUACUAACUACUUUUUUCUUGGUUUCUUUGUUUAUACAGACUUGAUGGCAGUUGCAAUUAUUGUGAAUCCUAAGAAGCAAAUAUACACCAGUAAUGGUUUACAAGAGCUAAUAGUUGUUAAUGAAGAUUAAGAUUACAAAACAAAAUUCAUGUACAUUUAGAUUACAUUUCUUCAUUUUUGUUAAUAAUUUAAAGCUAUUAUACUGGAAAAAACCAAUUGGCCUGACAUGCUGGGGACAUUUUGUUGUUAAUGAAUGUACUACAAUUAAAAAACUAAUAGCUACUACGCCUAUCAUUGUUGCUAGAUGUAUGAAAGUCACAUCAAUUAAUGGUAGAUCAUUAUCUCAUUUUAUUC